CAGAGCACCAUGGUUGGCCGUUUGGAUUCUGGCCGAAGAAGAGCAUUGUGCUUGCGCCGGGAAAGAGGCGACGCGCUACAUGUCUGCUUUGACAUAAUCUAAACUAAAGGAUAAAGGAAAAUUCAAGAGUUAUCAAGACACCAGUUUCAUUAUUAUGCGGGAGCAACACACAGGACAGCCAGAGAGAAAACAAGGAUUGUGGACGGAAUUUUACAGACGCAACACGUACGUUUGAGCAAGCAUUUUUAAAACAUUUAAAAACCGAAACCUUAAAGGAAUCCCGUGGAAUUAGUCAUGUCUCGCCGGAGAAGCCACAGCUCGUCUCCAGGAAACUUCUCCCGCUCCUGCAGCAGUAAAGAUCCCAGAGAUAUGGAGAGGAGGAUUUUUGUUGGGAACCUGCCAACAUCGGACAUGGAGAAAAAGGACUUAGAAGACAUUUUCAGCCAAUAUGGAAAAAUAAUCGGGGUGUCCAUGUUCCGUGGGUUUGGAUUUGUGCAAUUUGAACGUGUAGAGGAAGCGGAAGCUGCAAAGGCGGGCCAUAAAGGUCGAAUAUUUAAAGGUUAUAAAAUAGAUGUAAAUAUGGCCGUGGAGGGACGUCAACCUAAACCGCAAUCCCGGCCGAGCCCUCCACGAAGAGGCCCCUACGGAGGUUACGUAGACGGCAGGGACAGCCGCCCACGCUCUCGCUCUCCCAUAUACGGACGAGACGCCCGAGAACCCCGGGACAGCAGAGAAGCACGGGAGCCCAGGCCUGGGGGUCCCCCACGGGACCACGAUGACCGCUACCGGGGCUCCGAGAGCCGCGAGAAGGACCCAAGAAGCGACCAUAGGGCAGACCCAAGGGGAGACCCCAGGGGGGACCCCAGGGGAGACCCCAGGGGAGACCCCAGGGGAGACCCCAGAGGAGACCCCAGAGGAGACCCCAGAGGAGAUCCCAGAGGAGACCCUUCAUUCAGGGAGGAGUAUGACCGAUACUACCGCGCUGCAGCUGCCCCCGACGACUUCUACCGCAAGAAGGAAGAUCCCUACAGAGACUCGUUCAGAGACCCGUGGAACGGACGGCGAGACCCAGAGAGUGAGCGCGGGCGCCCAGAGGACCUGCGACGUAACGAGCUGUACCGCCAGUACUUUGAGGAGCUGCAGCGGCGCUACGACACGGAGCGGCCCGUCGACUGCUCCGUCAUCGUCGUCAACAAAGUGCAGAAUUUGCAACCCAACUGUAGGGAGUAUGCCGAGACGGUGGGCAGGAAGGUGCGGGACCUGGGCAUGGUGGUGGACCUCAUCUUCCUGAACACGGAGGUGUCCCUGACGCAGGCUCUGGAGGACGUGGGGCGCGCCCGCACGCCCUUCGCCAUCAUCAUCACCCAGCAGCACCAGGUGCAUCGCUCCUGCACCGUCAACAUCCUGUUUGGCACCCCUCAAGAACACCGCAACAUGCCCAUGCAGGACGCCAUGGUGCUGGUGGCGCACAACUACGACACCUACAAGGUGGAGAACCGCGAGAAGGAGCGCGAGGAGAUCGCCAGGAAGGCCGCCAAAAUGGCAGACGACGUUCUGGUCCGAGAGGCGGACCGAGAGGCCCACCCCGUGUCCCUGCUGACCGCCAUCACGCUGCUCUCCGAGAACAGGUUUGUGACGCCAGAGGAGUUGGACAGUCUCAUCGCUUACUUGAAGGACAAGAGGCUGCGCUUGGUGCGACCCAGUGCAGACCCACAUGCAGCUGCUAUCCACCCGGCUGCUGCGGCCCCCCACGCGGCGCCGGCCCCCCACGCCCACCCGGUCCACGCCCCCGUCCAGCAGAGCCACGGCGGCCUGCCGCCCCCCUCGGCCCCCCAGCCCAGCGCCAACCCCAACCAGCAGGAGCUGCAGGCCAAGAUCCUCAGCCUGUUCAACAGCGGCGCCGGGGGGGCCCUGCCCUCCUCCGCCCUGCCGGCCGGCGGCCCCAACAUGGCCCCCCAGCCUCAGCCGUACGGCUCCAUGGGCCCCCAGCACGGCCCGCCCAGCAUGUCCCACCCCUCGGGCGGCCUGCCCGCUCCCUCCCAGAACCCCCAGAUGCUGGGGGGAGGCCGGUCCUCCAUGCCCCUCGCGGGGCCCCCUCCGCCCGCCGGGGCCUCCGGCUACGGCAUGCCCCUGGGCCGGGGCCCCGCCCCUCCGCUGAGCCAGCGGCCCCCCAGCUCCGCCUCGGGCAUCAACUUCGACAGCCCCAGCGUCCAGAAGGCGCUGGACACUCUGAUCCAGAGCGGGCCGUCACUCAACCACCUUGUGAGCCCGCAGCAGCAGCAGCAGGCCCCGGCCCCCAGGGGCCCGCCGGGCAUGGGCCAGCCGCCCCCCAUGUCCAUGUACCCCCGCCAUUACUGAGGGCCACACAGCCAAUCAGGUCUCUUCUGACUGAUCUUGUGGGGGGACGCAAGAAGUACAACCUUGAUCGUUUGAUUCACCAGCUGUGUGUAGACCAUGUUUUUCCUACGUGUAAAUGCUUUUAAGUUUUGAGUUUUGUUUAGCUCAGUUCAUUUGUUGGAGCCUGUGUAGUUGUGAGAGCUCAUUCAAACCCGUUUCCUGUGUUUUCAACUAUUGACGCUGCAUUGCAUGUGUACAGAAGAUGUGAGAAGGAACCCUGAGUUGUCUCAAACCAUUAACCGUAGUCGGUGCCGUUAUUUUUGUUGCAUCUUGAAAUAUUAUUUUUCUCCAGAUAUUGUCCAAAACAUGAUUGAUGACUCAAACACAAUUAGUGUAAUAAAAUGGUAUUGGUUUAUUGCAUUUUGUGCUGACAAAUCUAUAAAAUGGAACGGUAUCGCCAGAAGCCAUAGAGAUAUAGAAGCAUUUGAAAUGUAAGAUAAAACUACUUUUUUCCUUUUUUUUUUAUGUACCAUGAAACACAAUAGAGAAUACACUUUUUUUUAAUUAGAAUAUUUAACUUACACUGACACAAAAAAUAAACACCUCCACAUUAACUGUACUUGAUUUAUUUACACAAACCCCCACCCAACCAGUCACACCCCCCCCCUAGCAGAUACGAGUGCACAUGUACACAUACACCCCCACAGAACUGAAAGGAAACAACUACAUCUUUUACCCUAAGACUAGGUACACAAUCCAGGAGGGUUAAUGAAAGGUUUGGAAUGAAAAAAAAUUGUCAUAUUCAUAUAUGCGUUUCUAUAGUUGUGUUUGUUAUAAUAUAUAUAUAUAUAAUCAACCCUACAUCCAUCUCAACCGUUUGUACAAAAUUGUACCCCAAACUCCAAUGAAUUAAAGACAAACCCUAAGUUUCUGGA